AUGUCCUCGCAAUUCCCUACUUCAACCAGCAAGAUGGUCUGGUGGGCUCCCGUGGGUUGCUACCGACACCCGCCGAGAGGCGGCGGCGCGGGCACACGAGCUGCCUGCCGCGGCGGCGGGGGCGCGACGAGCUGCCUGCCGCCCCCUCCUGGCCCGCUCGUGGUGCCUCGGUUGGCCACCGCUGCCCUGGGCUGCACGACGAGCUGCCUCCCCCUCGAUCGCCUCCGACCGAGCUGCAGCACCGCUCGAGAUCGGUGGGGAACGCUCCCCGUCGCCGCCGCCGCGGCCUUGAGCAGCCUGCCGUGGAGCCAGCGGGCGCCCGGAGCCGCCGCCGCCCAGCGGCGGAGGACAGGUCGGGGUCGGCUCCCGGGCGCCCCAGGCGAGGCGAGCGAGCUCAUCCUCGGCCGUCUCGCCGGGGCGGGACCUUGUGGGAGGUGGCUGGCCUGGCCCGAAGCAGGCCCAGGCGGGUCCCGUGUGGACGCGCGGCGCGCUGUCGUCAGCAGCGGCACCGCAAAGCGCCGGCACCCCACAGCAUACGCUUCA